AUGGCACAGACGGUGUUCACCCCCUCUUUAGAAGGGAUGGAGCAUGUCAAGGCUGAGAACAUAGUCAUUCUUACCAAGCCCUUCCUUGAUGUCUGCAAGAAAAUCUUGCCUGUCCUAGUGGUUUCAUGCGUUGCAGACUUGCAGCUCCCAGGGAUGCAUAAGAAAGGGAUCACCUGUCUUGCUGGAAGGGUGGUGUCUGAUACUAAUGCAAUUUUUGCUUCUACUUCUUCGCAUGGUAUUGUUGUUAUUUGGGAGAUGGCAAUUGAGCCCACCCCCAGUGAAGAUGCAAAUGUUCAUACCAUGGGCAAUGCUAUGGAUCAUGGAGGAGAGGGAUUGAUAUUGGACGUGUGCAAGCGGCUGAAACUGAAUGGAAGACCAAUUCCUACAAGCGAAGCUUGA